AUGGCACCCAAAAAAGAGAAAGGCGGGACGGCGACCACAGGUUCUAAGAUAUGGGAACCCUCGCUCAUCGCCGCACCCUUCAACCAGAAUGACUGGAAGAGUUACAUCGCUUUUGUCGUUGGAAACCGAGUUGAGGACGAACUUCUCAUUCGAGCCCUCACCCUCGCUGUCCAAGUUCCUCAGCGCAGACCCUUCAGUCUGGUUUCCUGGCAAGACAUUCUCCAGCAGAUCAAUGGAACAAGUGCACUUUUUGGAAGUACAUCUAAAAAGGCAAAGAAACCUGUAGGCGGUAGUGCACCCUUAUAUUAUGAGGUUUUAACGGCAGCAAAAGCAAUUAUGGACAGCGGAGAGAAAUUCACCUUACCACUGAUAGGGAAACUCUUGAAAUUUCAGCUUCUCCAGGUUAAAUUGAAGGACCAACAGCGACGGGAAAACGAGAAGAAGGUGAUAGAAGACAGAUUUAAGGUAGAAAAGGAUAAAGGGAAAGCAAAAUCUCCCAAGGAGAAAAAGUCCCCAGUGGCCAAGGUUGCCAAAGGAAAGGGAAAGGACCAGCCUGAGGCAAACACAGCAGUAAAAAAGACCACCCAGUUAGUAAGAAGGGGAGAAGAGGAUGACACCAAACAUUACAUUGACGAUGAGCCAGAUGACGGUGCCCAGCAUUACAUUAUAGUUGUGGGCUUCAACAAUCCUCAGUUAUUAGCGAUCAUGACUGAGCUGGGCAUUCCCAUAAGCAGCGUGAUUAAAAUAUCAUCAGAGAAUUAUGAACCUCUGCAGACACACCUGGCAGCAGUUAGCCAGCAGCAGGAAAGUUUUCUUCAGCCAGAAGAUAUAGAAGCUGAAAAAUUGAAGAAAGAGAAUGACAUAAAAGAACUUGAAAUCUUCUGGAAGUACUUGGAACCAAUCCUGAAUAAUGAGAAACCGGAAACAAAUCUCUUUGAUGUCGCUCGGCUUGAAUACAUAGUCAAGGCUGACAAGUUUCCUUCCUACUGGUCGGACAGCGAGAUGUUGCUGGAAUUGGGCACCAACAUUUUUGAAAAUAUUGCCUGUUUGAUGUACGACAGCCUGGAUUGGAAAAGGCAGCACCAGCACUAUUUGGAAAACAUGCAGCUUAUUAACGUCCCACAGGUGGUUAGUGAGAAACCUGUCUUAGAAGCUACGUUGACUUCUGAGCCCCCACAAACUGUUGCUGUAACCCCUGAAAGAAGAAAACACAACAAUAUGAAGAGCUGCAAGCUCCAGCUCCACCACCACCACCACCAGGCAUUGGCUUCCGUCAUCACAAAUGAAGUAGACAUGCGAUAUUACAAUGAUUUGCUGAAUCCAAUUCCAGAAGAAUUCAUUUCUGUGCCCUUGAUACUGCAUUGUAUGCUGGAACAGGUUGUGGCAAGUGAAGAAGACCUUGUCCCACCGAGUCUGGUGGAGCCGCCUCCCAGAGCAGAUGGGCUGGACCACAGAAUCGCAGCUCACAUCAUGUCCAUCCUGCCCUCUCUCUGUCUGACAGAGAGGGAGAAAAAGAAUCUCCAUGAAAUAUUCUUAUCUGAAGAGGAAAAUGAAAGCAAACCAGUGCCCAGAGGCCCUCUCCUACUGAACUAUCACGAUGCCCUCGCCCACAAGAAAUACGUGCUAAAGGACCUAAAGAAUUUUGACCUGGUUCAAAUUGAGCAGAAGAUGCAGUCUAAGUUGCCACUGUGGGAAUUCCUUGAAUUCCCUCUGCCCCCGCCAUGGAACAGCACGAAACGUCUAGCUACAAUUCAUGAGCUCAUGCACUUUUGUACAAGUGAAGUCUUGAGCUGGAAUGAAGUAGAACGAGCCUUCAAAGUGUUUACUUUUGAGAGCCUGAAACUCUCUGAGGUUGAUGAAGAAGGGAAACUGAAGCAUUCUAGAAUGAUGUAUGGGACAGAUUCUGAGAUGUUCAACAUACCAUGGGACAACCCUGCCAGAUUUGCUAAACAGAUAAGACAAAAAUACAUCAUGAAAAUGAAUACCCAAGAGACCAGACAGCAAACAGAUAGUGGAAUCAAAGACAGAAUUUUAUUUCUGGAUCAGAAUUGGUCAACAUCUAUGCAAGAUGAUGAGAUCAACAAAGAACCUUCCGAUCCUAGUCAGCCUCAUACUAACAAUAUGAAGUAUUCUGACCUGGAUAAUAGGAAAUCCUUAGACUCCGAUUACAGAGAACCAUCAGAGCAGGAGAACAGCUUGAAGUCGCAGCUCCAACCUCAGCCUUUGAAGCAGACCAUGAACAAUGAGAUCAAAGAUAAAGCGGUCACAAAUGCUGAUCCUCUUGAAAAGAAACCCAAGAAGAUGACUGUGGAAGCAGAGUUACAGGACAUAAAGAAAAUGCAGCAACGCAAUCUAAUGGACUGGAGUUUUACUGAACAUUUCAAGCCAAAAGUUCUGCUUCAGGUUCUUCAAGAAGCCAAUGAGCAAUACAGGUGUAUUGAUUCUUAUUACCACACCCAAGAUAACUCUUUACUGUUGGUCUUUCAUAAUCCAAUGAAUUUGCAACGUCUGCGCUGUGAACAUUGGAACAUUGCUCUUCACUCUAAUGUUGGAUUCAGGAAUUAUUUGGAACUUGUUGCAAAAUCCAUUCAAGAUUGGAUCAUAAAAGAAGAAGCUGUAUAUCAGGAAGCUAAAAUGGCUGAGGAAAUCAGUAGGACCAAGAAUGAGCUGGAAAUAAAAUCUUCUGCUGGUACCAAAAUUUCUUCUACUAGCAAAAUUUAUUCUAUUAAAAAAUCUAAAAAUAAGUACCAGUUGAACUUAUACAUAAGUAACAAAGGAAUGAGCAAAACAGAGAUAUCAGAUCAAGAAAAAGAAAAAGAGAAGGAAAAGAUUCCUUUUAUUUUAGAAGGCUCUCUGAAGGCAUGGAAAGAUGAACAAGAUAGGUUAGCUGAAGAAGAAUGCUUAAAGGAAGAAAAAAAAGCAGAAAAGAAGAGUAAGGAAUCUGGUAAAAAGAAAGGCAAGGAAAAACUAGAGAAAGAAGAUAGUAGGAAUUUCAAGAGAAAAGAUUUUUUAAAGGAGAAAUUGAAAGAAGAGCAAAUAAAGAUCCCGGAAAUAACAGAGGAUCCCCUCCAGGAACCAGAACCUGAGAUAGUUUACUCGUUUCGUGGAUACAACAUGGGAGAAACACCAGUCCAAAUCUCAGGAACAAAUUAUUAUCUGUAUCCUUCCGAUGGAGGGCAGAUUGAAGUAGAAAAGACAACAUUUGAAAAAGGCCCAACUUUUAUCAAAGUGAAAGUGAAAAAGGACAAGCACAAUUUUUUAAUUCAUUUAAGAGACCCUAAGAAAAUUGUGAAAAAGGAGGAAAAAGCGGAUUAUCCUUUAGAAGAUGAGAAAGAAGAAAGAGAAGGAGAGCAACAUUUUGAAAAAGAAGAAUCAAUGCAGAGAAAUAAAGCUGUCAGCAUUGGAUCUUUUUAUGCCACCUUGGAAAAUGGAAUCUGCCCUCUCAAUAAGUUACUAUGGAUCGAGGGAAUGGCGCCAGAGGAUAAGGAUCCUAACUUGGAAGCAAUGUUGAAUAUCCCAUCAGCACAUACUCCAACAGUAAUUCCUGUUAUAGUGAGUAUUCCUGAAGGCAGAAAAGGGAAAACAAUAAGCAAAGAAAAACCCAAAGAAUCUCUUAAAGAAGAGGAGCGCCAAAGGAAGAAGAGAAAAAGGCAAAAGAUCAAUUGCACAAAGGAAGAAGUAGAACCAGAACCUGUUUUACAAGAGACUCUUUAUGUUCCCACUUUCCAAAACCUGAACGUGUCUUGCCCAAUGGAUCAAUAUGUUAUAGACGAGGAACCCACUUGGGACAUCAUGGUCCGACAGAGCUACCCCCAGAAGGUGAAACACUAUGAAUUCUGUAAAACAGUGAUGCCACCUCUGGAGCAGGAGGCAUCAAGAGUUAUCACCAGUCAAGGCACUGUUGUCAAAUACCUGUUGGAUGGAUCCACACAGAUUCUCUUCGCAGAUGGUACUGUGAGCAGUAGUCCCAAUUCAGGGCCUGUUGGUCUUCCUGCUGAUGCACCAGCAAGCCCUCACAGCGGGGACUUGAUGGACACGGUUUCUCAGCAAAAAUCAGAAACAGCACCAUCAGAGACUGUCAUCACAAAGAAAGGAAAAAGUCAGAAAAAUCAGUCAUCAAUGGCACAUAAAAAUGAAAGCCAUGAACCUCCCCCAGAAACAAUUCAAACAGUAACUCCUAUGGAGGUUCACUUAGGCACCUGGUUUACAACUACACCUCAAGGAAAUCGGAUUGGCACCAAAGGAUUAGAAAGAAUAGCAGACUUGGCCCCAUGUUUAUCCUUUAAAACCACAGAUCCUGUCAAUGGAACGGUUAUGACAACUCGAGAAGACAAAGUGAUUAUCAUUGAAAAGAAAGAUGGUACUCGGAUAGUGGAUCAUGCUGAUGGUACCAGAAUCACAACCUUUUAUCAAGUUUAUGAAGAUCAGAUUAUUUCUCCGGAUGAUCAAGAGACAGACGAAGGUCCUCCGAGGAUCACUAGGCAGGUGAAGUGCAUGCGGAUUGAAAGUUCACACUACGCCACUGUCAUCACCAACUGCGAGGACAGUAGCUGCUGCACCACCUUUGGGGAUGGGACGUCUAUCAUUGCAAAGCCACAGGGAACGUACCAGGUGUUACCUCCAAACACAGGCUGUCUUCAUAUUGAUAGGGACUGUUCAGCUAUAUAUUGCCAUGAAUCAAGCAGUGAUAUAUACCAUCCUUUUCAAAAACGUGAGCAGCUGAGAGCUAGCAGGUACAUCAUGAAGCACACAUCAGAGGUUAUCUGUGAGGUCAUGGAUCCCGAAGGAAACACCUUUCAGGUCAUGGCUGAUGGUAGUGCAUCAACUAUCCUACCUGAAAACAAUUUGGAAGAUGAUUUAAAUGCAAAAGCUGAAGGCUAUGACACGUUAUCAUCCACUCACCUUCAUAAGAAUCAUCUGCAAAUCUAUGGUGAACAUGUCCCCAGGUUUUUUGUUGUCUAUGCUGAUGGAUCAGGAGUGGAACUUCUUCGGGACAGUGACAUAGAAGAAUACCUCUCCUUGGCAUACGGAGAAUCAACUACCGUCGUUCUUCAAGAGCCAGUACAGGAACAGCCAGGUGCCCUGAGCAUCACUGUGCUUCGCCCUUUCCAUGAAGCUUCACCAUGGCUAAUGAAGAAAGAAUUAGAUACAAUUGUUCCUCCUAAUCUCCAGUCAAGGACAUGGGAGACAUUUCCCUCGGUUGAAAAAAAAACUCCAGGACCUCCAUUUGGCACUCAGAUUUGGAAGGGCCUCGACGUUGGGUCCAAACAGUUAGUGAGCGCCCCAGCCCCUAUACGGAAGAGCCCCAGUGUGCUACAGAUACGCCAGUUCAUCCAGCACGAGGUCAUUAAGAAUGAGGUGAAAUUGAAACUGCAGAUUUCCCUGAAGGAUUAUAUAAACCAUAUUCUAAAGAAAGAAGAUGAGCUACAGGAAAUGACAGUUAAAGAUUCCAGAACUGAGGAGGAGAGAGCCAAUGCUGCAGAUCUCCUCAAGCUAGUUAUGUCUUUCCCUAAAAUGGAGGAAACUACAAAAAGUUGUGUUACUGAAGUUGCAGCCCACCUAACCGAUUUAUUCAAGCAGUCUUUGGCUAAUACUACAGAAUGUCCACCAGAAACCUUUGAGACAGAUUUCUCUGAAAAGAAAUGGAGGCACAAAGAAACAACAAAACACUGGAAAGAAAAGUUAGCUCAAAAGAGGAAGGAAAUUGAAAAGACACAAAACUAUCUAAAGGAAAUUAGGAACAAAACAAUAUCGCCCUACUGCAAAUCUGAACUAAGCAAGUUAUAUCAGUCUCAGUUUAAUUAUCUGGACACCCUUUCCAAAAACUUGCCUUCUUUUACCAAGAAAGACGAGGAUGCAAGCAAAACAGCUCUUCAAAAUACAUCCAGUCUUCCUCCAGAUUCCCAGAAAAAUAAAGUUUCAGAACAGGAAUCCUCAGAUACACUUAGUCUUCCAAAAUCGGAGAACUUUGCGAAUACCAAGGAGUCUGCUAGCCAGAAACAAACUGAAAAUUUAACAGUAUCUAUCAAAGAACCAGAAUCGUGUGUGCCUCUGAAAAUUCCAACCCAGUCACUGCUGCAGGAUGUGGCAGGACAAGCAAGAAAAGAGAAAGUGAGGUUACCUCACUAUUUGCUGAGUUCCAAGCCCAAGUCUCAACCUCUCAAAAAGGUGCAAGAUUCUGUUGGAGGAAGAGUGAAAACAUCCUCUGUUGCAUCUGCUGCCAUUAAUAAUGUAAAUUCAUCCCCCUUUGGAUUCCAUCUUCUCCCACCCUCAGUGACGUUUGGAGUGCUUGAAGAAGGACACACCUAUGCAACCACUGUAAAGCUCAAGAAUGUUGGAGUGGACUUCUGCAGGUUUAGGGUGAAGCAGCCCCCACCCAGCACAGGACUGAAAGUGACUUACAAACCUGGCCCUGUGGCGGCUGGUUUGCAGGCAGAACUGAAAGUGGAGUUAUUUGCCAUGGCUGUUGGAGAGGAUGGUGCCAAGGGAUCAGCACACAUCUUUCACAAUAUAGAGAUUAUGACUGAGCAUGAUGUCCUGUUCUUACCUGUGGAAGCAACAGUUUUAACAAGCAGCAAUUAUGAUAAGAGACCAAAAGAUUUUCCCCAGGGAAAAGAAAAUCCUAUGGUCCAGAAGAUUUCUACAGUUUCUUCCUCUGCACUUGGAGUCUUCAUGUCUCGUAAAGUUUCUCCACAUUAGGUGUUAGGUAAGUAACAAAUUUGUAAUUUGAUUGUCAUCCAUUCAAACUUGAGGCCUUAGACCUUGCAUUUGUUCCCAUCUUCAUACAGCCAGCAACCAAUGAGCCACUUAGUCUGGUGGAAUGAAAAUAUUUGUUUUUAAUAAUUAUAACAACUACCCCUUCAUAGUCAUAAACUAUUUAAUCCUCAUACUAUCUACAAGAUAGAUAUUUUUCCCACUUUAUAAAUAAGGAAACUGAGGCUGAGAGAAUCUUGAAGAAGUAAAAAUCUAACCUACUUCAAUGUGAUUCUAAAGUUCACUCUUUCAAGUGCUAUUUUUGAUGUUGAUCGGACUCUCCAAAAAGCAAGGGUACAAACACAAACAGCAGGAUGCCCUUUUGGACUUGAGAAUUUAGUUAGGCCAGUGGUUCUUAAAUUUUUUGGACUCAAGACUCCUCAUGUAUUCUUAAAAAUUAUUGAGG